AUGUCCAAACUCUUCCUCUGUUCCGUCUUGUUGGUGUUCUUUGCGGCUUGUUGUGUGCUCGCUGCUGAUUCAGAGUCGUUGCUUUCUAACGGAGCUACUUUGGUCGUAAACACGGAUUCUUUGAAUGUCCGAAGUGGACCAUGUACCAACCAAGGAGUGAUUACAAGCCUUUCACUAGGUACUUCAGUAACUUAUAUUGGUGAAACUGCGAGCGGAUGUGGUUAUUCUUGGCAUAAAAUUAGAGGCAGCUUUGGAGUUGGUUAUGCUGCUUCUCAAUAUUUGAAUGAACAGUCAAACAAUGGUGGUUCUUCUGGUGCUAGCAUUACUGUGGAUCAAUUGAAGGCUUGUAUGCCUGGAUUGUCUGCAAGCAAGGCUAAUAUUUAUAUCAAUUAUUUGAAUGAUGCUUUGAGAACUGGUAACAUCAACACUUGUUGCAGAAAGAGUGCUUUCUUGGCCCAACUUGCUCACGAGUCUGGAGAUCUCAACUGGUGGGUUGAAUUCGCUUCUGGUGCUGCUUAUGAAGGAAGAAAGGAUCUCGGAAACAUCUAUCCUGGCGAUGGUGUCAGAUAUAAGGGAAGAGGCCCAAUUCAAAUCACUGGUAGAGCUAACUACAGAGCUGCUGGUCAAGCCAUUGGUGUUGAUUUGGAAAAUAAUCCAACCAGAGCUGCUGACACUGAUGUUGGUUUUAGAACUGCUGUCUGGUUCUGGAAUUCUCGUUCAUUGAACCAAUAUGCUGAUCAUUGUGAUCAAGCUAACUUUGAUAUCAUCACAAGAAGAAUCAACGGAGGAUACAAUGGUAAGGCUGACAGAGAUGCCAAGUGGAGACGUGCUAGAAGUGUUUUGGGUUGUUAA